AAUAACAACCAAUGGCAUUGGCAUGGUAUUGCACAACAAACAAAUCAGAGAGUAAUAAUGUCAGUUGAGGCGGUUGAGUCCAAAUGUCGAACAGUUGGUGGCACAGAAUGCAGCUGGUGCAGAGGAGUUCGCGGCGGCACCGGAAUCGCGGUGCUAGCUCUGCUAACCUCAAAACCCCCACUCAUCUCUAAUCUCCAAACUGCCCUCCGCAAACUACAAAAUUCCCAUCCUAUCCUCAGGUCAAGGAUCCAUCACUCAACCACGGAGGCCACCACCUUCUCCUUCGUAACCUCCCCUACCUCCUCCAUCACGAUCGAAUCCCACGACGGCGCGAAGAUCCUCGCCGGAAAUGAAAACGACGACGGCGUUUCCCCCUUCCACCGGAUCAUGGAACACGAGCUCAACCGGAACACGUGGCGCGAUCCGAGUGCCGAUAUGUUUGUGGCGAGCGUUUACGCGAUGCCGGACGCAACCGCCUCUGUGGUUGUGUUGCGGCUUCACGUGGCCGCGUGUGACCGUACGACGGCGGCGUCGCUGCUCCGAGAGCUGCUUGUGGUGAUGGAGGCGGAGGAGGAGGUGGUUCCUGAAGGGGAAGUUAGUUUGGCGAUUGAAGAUCUGGUGCCGGGAGGGAAGGCGAAGAAACCCAUGUGGGCCCGUGGUAUCGACGUGCUUAGUUACUCGGUGAACUCUCUCAGGCUAACAAAUUUGAAAUUUCACGACACCAAAACCGACAGGUUUUCUCAAGUUGUGAGAUUGCAGCUCAACCACACUGAUACCAAGCGGGUUAUGGCUGGUUGCGAGCGGAGCAAGAUAAAACUAUGUGGAGCGUUAGGUGCUGCGGGACUGAUGGCUGCCCAUAGCACAAGGAGUAGUAGCAAGAAGUACGGGGUCAUCACCCUCACUGACUGCCGUUCAAGUCUCGACCCACCUCUCACACCUCACAAUUUUGGUUUUUAUCACUCUGCCAUUCUCAACAACCACGUGAUGAAAGGAGGGGAAAGUCUUUGGGAACUAGCCAAGAGGACCUAUGGAGCUUUUGCAAACGCUAAAAACAACGGGAAGCACUUUUCAGACAUGGCUGACAUGAACUUUCUCAUGUGCAAGGCCAUUGAGAACCCUGGUUUAACUUCAUCAUCUUCACUAAGAACAUCCAUAAUAUCUGUUUUUGAGGACACCGUGAUCGAUGAUGGUGGCGAGAAGUACAGAGAGAUUGGGUUAGAAGACUAUAUGGGUUGUGCUUCUGUUCAUGGUGUGGGCCCAUCUAUUGCCAUGUUUCAUACCAUUAGAGAUGGAGCGUUAGAUUGCCUUUGGGUGUAUCCAGCACCGUUGCAUUCAAGGGAACAGAUGCAAGAUCUUGUUAACAAGACCAAGGCUAUCCUCAUUGAAGCUGGAAAGUCUUACCAAGAUUAAGAAUAUGUACUCUACUCCCCCAUUAUUUUAUAGCUCAUGUCAUUCAAUGUUUUAAUUGCAUCCUAAGAUCCAUCUGCCAGUAUACUAUAUUUACAAAUUUUGAUAUAUGGUUUACUUUUUUGAAUAUGUUGUGGUGUAUGGGGAAGGGGUAGUUUGGGGUCUGUCAUUAUACAUUAUUUAUAGAAUAUGUCUCAGUUAAUUUCUAUUGUUAGUAAAUUUUGUAUGCUUUUAUAUAGUGUCCGAUUC